GGUCAAGCUGUGCCUCUAUUAUCACAGCGAGACUGCACAGUUGGGCUUUACCGACACCUGAGUCAGAGAUAGCCGCCCAAAUCAGGGCGACCUGGCGAACCGGACUAUUUAAGACACCUAAACUCCGCCAUUAUUGACUCUCUGCUCCUUUAUUCCCCGCAUCCGUAGUGUGCCCAUCAUUGUUCUUUGAUGCAAGAUGGACAUUUUACAAAUCAUCAAGACGACUCUUGCGGCUCUCAAAAACGCAGAUAUUCCUGCAUGUCUGGUUGGAGAAAUAGCACUGAAUUACUACAAUGUACCAAGGGUUGUGCAUGAUAUCGAGAUCUGCAUACCUGAGAAUUCCCUGUCUCCAGCAGUAUCUGUUUUAUGCUCGAAAAAUAUGUUCAAGCUUGAGAUAAAGGAAGAUUACGAUCUCUUCACAGAGUAUAAAAGAGGGUUUCCCCGGCUUCUGGCGACAUCGGUGACGACGCUAUCAUACGCAGUCAUUCUUUUCUCCGAUACAUAUUUUGGCCUGAAUCCUCUCGACAGAAACAUUGUUUGCCAAGACGAGACACGUUCCUUUACUACAUACAGCCGUCAGAUCUUGGAUUUGGUUUCUAAAGAUGACAUCAAGUAUAUCCCUGUACCACGGCUGCCACCUUUUUUCAUUGGUCUUUGUCGGAGAUUUUUAGAAUCAAAUGAUGGUAUGGCGAGGAUUGCUGCGGAGCAAUUACUGGAUGGGAUGGAUUUGGAUGAGGAGUGGGUCAAGGCGAAUAUCAUCAGCGCCCAACCUCAAGUGCUCGAAUUAGCCAUGACGCUGAUAUGCGAAAAGUCAUCGUGCAAUGAUGAGUUUUUGGACCACGAUGUGACGUGUUUUGUUGCAGAUAAAGAGGAAGCAGAGCGACUCCGACGGAUUCCGGGAUCUGGAUUCCAGAUCAUAGCCUCCCGGUAAUUUUAUCUGCUCACAAUCAAAGAAUUUAGUUUGCUGUUUUUUUAACGUUUCGCAUCGAGGAUGGCAAAUUGGAGGAGCGUAUGUCACAUUUCGGAAAAAGACGACUUCAAGAAACCGCUGCUCACGCGGCUGAUACAUCCCUCCCAAAACCAAUAGGCGCUUGUAUUAACACCAUGAUUGGUCAACAAACAGACCCCCC